AUGACGCGCAUGCCAAUGAUCGCAGUGAUCGCGUUGCUGCUGCUGCAAGUGACAACGUCGACGCUGGGUAAACCAACUGCAGCUUCACCUGCUGGUGCCGUGGAGGAGGAGACCACAUCAUUUGGUGAACUCGACGUCAGCACGGUCACCAUGAAAAUUGAUUUAGAUCUUAUUCUAAGCACUGAGGAUAAUCAAAACCCAUUCACGCAUCUUCCCGAGAAUGAAUUUGCAACCACAGAGGAGCCGCUGCCAAAGUCGGUGUUGUUGCAGCUGGAGCGCGAACAUGCUGAGGCUAAGAAUGCAUCUGCAAACCUUAUCGAGAGCACAACAACAACAACGACAACUAACGCUCCGGGAGCAGCCACAACAAUUGCCAUUGAAAGUGCCAAGAAUGAAUUGCAUUCGCUUUACACCGAACACGACUUGGAGAUGAGAGAGAAUAAAGCCGAAGCUGCCAUAGAAACCACAACAUUCUUGCCUCAAUUCGAGGUAACCGCAACACCUGAGAAUAAUUUGGCAUUCUAUGCCAAAACAAACAGCUACGAGUCCAACCUCGAAGAUACCACAACCUAUCUGCCAAUGGAUAAUUACAAAUACACCAGCGGUCCACUUCCCGCCGAUGCGGAGAAAUACGGCACUGAAGUUCCGCCCGCAGAAGAAAACACAUGGAUUCCCAACUUUGACGGCAUUCUUCACUCCACACAAGCUGAUGAUGGAUUGGCCGAGACAACGCCGGAGCCUGAGAACACGAAUAACCAAACUGAAAGCAGCAUCAGCAACAACGUGCCAAUUGUUGCAACAACACCACAGCCCGUGGAUAUUGGAGAUUUGCUGCGCAUGAUGAGCUCCGAUGUGAUCACUGACAAGAUUAUGCAGGAAUCAACAACCGAGGAACCUAAGCUAGAGGCAACCACCAACAAGUUGGCUGAACAAACUGCUGAAACCACAAUUGCACCACCGAAACAACAGUCAUCGAUGCUUGAAGCAAUUGUUAUGACAACAUUUAGAGCGCCUGUUGACACCACAACCGUGGAGAGCAGCACUGCUAAAAUUAUUGAGGAAUUCCCAGUGACCACAAUUGAGCCACCAAAAGAGACAACAACACCUGCAGCAGCCGUGACGUCAACAGCAUCUCCGGCUCCGCAAACCACCAGCUCUCCAGUAACCACGAGUGCGGCUGAAACCACGAAUAUUCCUGAAACUACAUUUUCACCAGUUACCACCAGCAUUCCCGAAAUCAUCAGCAGCACCACCAGCACACCUGAAACCACCAGCAGUACAGCUGAAACCACCAGCACACCCGAAACCACCAGCAGCACCACAAGCACUCCCGAAACCACUAGCGGACUCAGUCUCACCGAAGACAUAGUAGAAACCACAAUCGAGCCACCCAAGCAGCAGUCUGUGCUUGCUGCUGUGUCAACGACAACGCCAGAGAGUGUGCCAGAGAGCAGCACAACUGAAGCAACCACAACAAGCAGCAGCACCACCACAACCACCACUACCACCACGACAGAACCCCCCACAACUACAACGACAGAGCCCAUUCCUGUGGUGGUGACGCGUGAACCACGCGUUGAACGCAUCUUUAAUUCGGAUGGUGUGGAAGUGCUCUAUGGUUACUCAUCGGUGGUGCGAACGAAUGGCGUUUAA